AUGUGUAUAGAUGAAUCAGUUUUUGUCCAUAACACACUCACAAAGAUCACAUUUUGUGGCAAAAAGUGUAUACCGUGUAAGACGUGUUCUUAUUGUCAAAAUAUGCAAGAAGUUGUGAUGGACAACACAGUCGAAAUCAUCGCAAAGUCUGCAUUUUCUAAUUGCAUUUCACUCAAAAAAAUCACAUUAUCUUCUAAUUUGGAAAUCAUAUGUAAACGCGCAUUUUUUAAUUGUCAAAAACUUGAAAACUUUGAAGUUCCACAAAAAGUCCGAUGUGUUGGGAGUUUUGCAUUUGAGAAUUGUGUACAACUGAAAGAACUUGUUUUCAGAAAAACUGUUGUUUUUGGAAUGGGUGGGUGCUUCGAAAGGUGUGUUUCUCUCACUCACUUGAAUGUUCCAAAUGAUUUUAUGAAACAUUUGUAUAACGCAACUGAAAGUGAACAGGAAAUAUUCAAAAGACUUAAAAUCGAAGUUUUGAAUAGAAUGAAUAACAAAGAAAUCAAUAACAGAGUGUUUAAAUAUGACAAUUAUAGUAAAAUAACAGAUAACGUUACUAUUAAUUCCGAUUCUAUGCAUCUUGCUGAUUUGGAUACUUUUAACACAAAUGCUAAAUACACAAGCGAAUAUUUAAGAGUUUAUAUUCCGUCUACUGUUGUUGAUGCAAAUUUUGGACUUCAUGACUUUGGAAAUUUCAUUGAGAAAUUUGUCAUCACCGAAAAUGUACUUUUGAUGACGGAAUCAGAAUUUUAUAUUAAUAACGCGAAAUAUGUCCAACUGCCAGACACUAUCACAGUCAUACCAAAGUACUGCUUUUCAAACUCAGUUUUAAGAGAAUUUGUUGUGCCACAAAGUGUACGUGAAAUUGGUAAGAACGCGUUUUUAAAUUCAAAAAAUUUGACGUCGCUAUACAUCCCAAAAAGUGUCACAAAAAUUGGAAACAAUUUUGUUCGUGGGUGCACCAAUUUAAAGUAUGUUGUAUUUGAAAAUGGUCGUCAUUUUGAUAUCAAAGAAGAAACUGAAAGUUUAAAUAUUACACAUAAUGUUACACUGAAUACUACAAAACUGAAUUAUAACGUCGAGUAUUAUCUUGGUAGUACAAAAAUAGAAGUACCAUCGAGUGUCACAAAAAUAAGUAGUUUUUAUUUCAAGAAUAAUAAAUAUUUGCGUGAAAUUGUACUUCCAACAACAAUCAAAAUAUUCGGAGACUCAAUUUUUGAUAAGUGUCACAAACUGACGAAAAUAACAUUUUCCGCGUGUAACAACACUUUAAACAACUCGGAAAAUUACAUCGAAAAAAUCAACACUUUUAAAACUUUUUUCUUUAACACACUUGUUGUGAGUUACGAGUUUUAUCUUCAAAUGAAAGCUUUUGGCUUCACAUUCCAUAAUGUCAACUUAACUUAUAAAGAUAUGGAAGAAUUUUGUGAUAAAGUUGAUACUUCUGUAAUCAAAAGUAUUAACUACGAAGACAAAAAUACGUUAAUCAAAAAUUUCGGUGACUGGAAACCACAAUCACACUUGAAUGAUACUUUCAUUGAAAAAUUAGUGAUACCAUAA